AUGGAGAUUAAUGGUGAUCAACAACAUCCGAAGAUUAACGGCAGUAACGGACAUCUGGAAGUCCAUGUUCCCAUCCAAAGUCUUCCGACUUCAACACGGAUGAUUCCUCCAACCAAUUUCCGAAAAUAUUUUCCACCACCUUGUUUUUUCCGAAAGGUGAUAGCGGAGGUUAUAGCGACGUAUCUGCUGGUGUUCGUGACAUGCGGUUCCGCAGCUCUAAGCGCAAGUGAUGAACGGAGGGUUUCGAAGCUCGGGGCGUCGGUGGCCGGAGGACUCGUCGUGACGGUGAUGAUAUACGCCGUCGGGCAUAUUUCCGGUGCCCAUAUGAAUCCAGCUGUCACCUUGGCUUUUGCCGCUGUCCGACACUUCCCGUGGAACCAGGUACCAUUUUAUGCAGCUGCACAAUUAACAGGAGCAACUUCAGCUGCAUUUACACUCCGAGUGUUGCUUCACCCAAUCAAACACGUCGGCACCACAUCGCCUUCUGGAACCUGUAUUCAAGCUCUGGUCAUGGAAAUCGUCGUGACAUUCUCUAUGAUGUUCGUCACCUCUGCAGUGGCCACAGAUACAAAAGCCAUUGGGGAGCUUGCUGGUAUUGCAGUUGGUUCUGCUGUCUGCAUUACUUCAAUCUUGGCAGGACCAAUUUCUGGAGGAUCCAUGAACCCGGCACGCACCAUUGGCCCGGCUCUAGCUAGUGAUUAUUACAAGGGAAUAUGGGUCUACAUAAUUGGACCUGUAUGCGGAACACUGCUGGGAGCAUGGUCCUACAAUUUCAUACGAGUUACAGACAAACCUGCCCAUGCAAUAACUCAGUCGCUCUCAUUCCACCUACGGCGAACUAAGAGCAACGAAGAGAUACCAAACAAAGAUCUUCCCAACCCUCUGUAA